CAACUCCUUAAUACAAAAACAGAUUCGACAACCUAACAUUACAAACAAAAUGUCUGGCGCUGGGUAUGACGUGGUAGUUGAUGUUGAUGAAGAGGUAAGAAAGCCUAACGUGAUGAUAAUUCCCAAGUUCAGCCAGCUUAUGAACCAAUCUAAUCGGUAUUUCAGGGCGACCUUGGACAUACAGAUCUCCAGGAGGAUCUAGAAUUUCACUCGUCCAACUUCAAUACCGACGCAUCUUCCGGAUCGCGCAAGUUGCCGGGAGCUUCUUCCGGUCUCCCUGCUCCUGCAACUGCCAGCAGUGGCUUCUCGAAACGAUAUCUUUGGUCGAUAUCCUUUUACGCGCAGUUCUUCGACGUUGACACAACCUCAGUUCUUUCAAGAUGUUGGGCAGCGUUAUAUCCUCGAGUGAACUUCUUGGAUGUUCUAGAGGGAAAUCCUGAUUUAUACGGACCGAUAUGGAUUGCGACUACGGUUGUGUUCAUCCUGUUUCUCGGCGGGACAAUCAACCAAUACCUGGCAAAGUCAGGGCAGGAUCAUUUCAUCUAUGAUUUCAAGCUUUUGAGUGGUAAGCGUUACUGGGAGGAUGGAUUGUACGAAGUUAACAUUUCUCAGGUGCGGCUGGACUCGUUUACGGCUAUACAUUGUUUAUCCCAAUGGUGCUCUUUCUCGCGCUCAAAUACUUUGGCAGCGAAUCUGCCAAUAUAUUUGAAUGUUGGGCUUUGUACGGAUAUGCCAAUAUCAUCUGGAUCCCAGUGGCAUUGAUCUCAUGGUCACCUAUCAACAUAUUGAACUGGGUGUUUGUGGGCGUUGGCUUUGGUCUCAGUGUGGCUUUCUUGUUGCGGAAUCUCUACCCAGUUUUGAGCGCGACAGACAAACAGACUAGCAAGGUACUUUUGAUCCUGGUAGUAUGUUUACAUGCUGCUCUGUCCAUUGCUAUCAAGUGGCUAUUCUUUGCUAGUGGGAGUCUCAUUCAACCACCAGACGACAAGCCAGCAGCAACGCCAGCCCCUACUCCAACGCCGACUCCACCUCCAGCUGCGUUUUUAAGAUUCUAG